CUUUGUAUGGUGACCAGUGAAGCGAUUGUCAUAUAUAUUUCUCCACCCGAGGUGAGUUGCAGAAAGCAUGGCGUCCUCGUGUACCAGCAUCGUCUUGCUCGUCUCCUGUCUAGCUUCACUGUCACAAGUGAGCUGUCACUGGACUGUUUGCCAGAACAACUUCAACAAUGAGACAUGUAUGACCACUGUCAAGGCCGCCCUGAAUAAUAACACCUUGUUUUGGUUUGGCACUAAAUAUAAGGAGAUGUGUCCAAAUGGUCCAGAUUCUACCCAAAAGUGUAUCAAUCUUCGACCAAACAUGAAUGACUCCAUUAUGAGCCGAAUGUUCACCGGAAGUAACGUCACGACGGACUCGAUAACCUCCAUCAUGAACAUCACCUACCCCCGACCGCUGGAACGCAUAUACACAGGAUGCGGGGCAGAGAUUAAACAGACUUCCAGGUCCACUUCCUUCAAAAUUGACCCUCUCAACCCUCACUACAGGACGUCAGUUGAUUACAGGGACAUGCCGGACGUCUCGUGGUCAGCGGAGGCCGGCGUCAAAUACACCGUAGUGUACUACGACCCAGGCUUUUUCAUUGUCCACGGCAUCUACGUCAACGCCGACGGUGGAAACAUAACCAUGGGCGAGGCUGUCAAACCCCACAGCGGUCCCCUGAACACCCUGAAUCGGCUAAACAUCUAUAUCUGGGUGGUCUUCAAGCAAACAAAGGACAUCCAAGUCGAAGAAGUGAAACAAUACAUCAAUACAACCAGUUCGCUUAUGAAGCCCCUGUUUAUGCACGAGUUCAUACAGACAUAUGGUCUUCAAGGUCCCGUCAGCUUCGACAUCGUGCGCGCCUAUGGCGACGACUACGCCGCUGUGACGAUGAGAGACAUGGGGGAUACAAACAGGUGCCCCUACUUCCACCAAAAACGGCUCCAAGACCUCGUGGUCAGCUAUGGCGGUCUGACCUUCAACCUGUCGUCUGCUGAGGCCGGGAUCUCUAUUGACCUGCACUUUAUGACCCCGGACAUGUCUUUCCCCUUCUGCUGUUCUAAAAUGAAGACUGGCGCCGCCAACGUUCAUGUCGAUUAUAAGUCCACGGGGGAGAUCAUGGCCGCCAAAGUGAGAGCAAAGCCCAUGGUUCACCUUGUGGCAAGAAACCUCUCCGCCACUGCCCUGCAAGGUCAGUUCUUCACCUUGAUGCUGGUAAACCCGACAAAGGAGUUGAAUAUAUCAACCCAUAACACUGACGUACAUUGGCUCGUUGUCAACAUCAACGGCGAUGCCGUCGCUUCCGGUGACGUCGUCGUCGAAUACAUGCCCCCGAUGCCAAGUGCAACAAAGGGGAUGUAUCUGGCCCUUCUGUACAAGCAAGCGAACAGAAACGACCAAGUGAAGAACAUCACAGGCCUGCUCGGUUCUGGAUGCCCUCGGAACACUAAGUGCAAGUUCCAUGUGAAUAAAUAUGUCAUGGACAACAGACUCGUUCUGAGUGGACUCCGCCAGAUGGACGUGAAACCCGACCACUACAGCAAAUACCAGGAAGUGAAGAACGGGAUGAGAUCCGAGAAAGAAGCAUGUGAAGCCAUGGAUGGUUACAGAAAUCCGUGCCCAACAGGAACUGGGCUUCCUCUGACAUCCUCCAUGGUCGCCAUCUAUGCCAUGACGUUGCUGGCUGUUGUCUGUCAAAAGGCUUUUUGAAAUUCUGCGAUUUUAUAUUCGUCUUUUAACUAACAAGACUGCUUGCAUUUAAAGGACGGACCAGGCUCCCUUGCCUAUUUCUAAACGUUGAAAUUCGUGCGGAAGAAAAACAUGACACCUUGUCUCUGUGUACUUAGUACCUACUAGAUGGCAAUUUACCAUAAAUUUGAGUUAGCCCUUGGUUGGAAAUGAUUUGUAUGAAACUUGAUAUGACUUCCGAUUGGCCUGAUCCUAGUCUCCCUUUCACAUUUCGAAUAACAACUGACAAGAUGCUUUGUGUUAAUCAGAAUCCAUAUGAUCACGUUAUCACAAGCCUAUAUAGCGUGCCUGGACAUAUUGUCAAAUCGACCGUAGCACUCCGCCAGGCUAAAGACAACGUUUCGCUGUUACGUAAUCCUAUAGUUACAGUGCUCGCUUUGAAGAGGGUGAAUUUCUUGUUUUCAAAUGUUUUUUUCUGUUUACCAAGGGUGACAGAGAUUUUACAUUGUAUGUUUGACUGUUUUAACCGGGAACAAAUAAUGAUGCAUGUCGGCCUGUUUCCUUGGGGCAUGUUGCGCUGUGGUAGAACGCGCAGUGUACAUCCGGGUACCAUGGGUCAUUCAACCGAUCACCAAGGAUGGCAGAGUGUAGAGCGCUGCGCACAAGAUUCAGAAACCGGAUAGAGUCGCAUUUGACACCUCGACUUGCUGAUAACUUCCGGAAUGACAACUCAUUCGAUUGCUUAAACCAGAGGACAUAUACAGAAUCUAUAUUACGUCUCUGUUUGACGCUUACCCGAGUUAUUCUUCUUUUCAACAAUUAAUCUUAUAUGAUGGAUGAAUAUCUAACAAUGAUUAAAUCAUUCGCUCGUCACGCCGAAGUCAUUCGGCCAGAUAUUUCUGGAAUAUUGCUAAAAGCGGCGUAAAAACACUCACUCACUCUAAUACACACAUACUCCGGUACACCGGAACAUUAUAUUCAAGUAUCACGUUAUUAAUACUAAACCUCACAUUUCUAUGUUUAUUAAGUAUUUUUGUUUUGAUGGAUAAAAUGACAGAAGGUUAAAAAACAGAAAGUGGCGUCUUUUUUCAUAAGACAUUUCUUCAAAUAAAAUGUUUUGGCUUUUAGAAUUUAUUGAUUCAAAAUAUAUCUUGAAAUAGGUAUUCCAUGACUGAGUUUGAAGAGGAGCUACUUGUUUCAUUGUUAUUCUAAUUUCAGUAAGGUCAGUUGAUCAUGGUGCUGUAUUUGUCAUUUUAUAUUUCCAAUGUUGAUUUUUGUAAUAAAAUUGAACAAAACA